AAAUAUACUUGUAUAAAUAUUUCGGCUUCAGACAUCAUCCAUUCAGUUGUUUAUCGAUUGGAAUACGGAGCAGAUACUGAAGUGACUGUGACAAUGAAGGCUUUCUAUAUUUUGGCUAUUUUGGCUGUAGUGUCUUCGGCCUUUGCUGAUUGGAAUCCCAAAACUGCAAGUGAAAUCAAAGAGAUUCGUGUAGAAUGCGUGAAGGAGCACCCAUUGACUGAGGAUGUGAUUGCAAAAAUGAAACAAUUUGAUUAUCCGGAUGUUGAGUCCGUGCGUAAAUAUCUUUUGUGUACAGCAACUAAAAUGGACAUUUUCUGCGAACAUGAAGGCUAUCACCCUGACAGAGUAGCAAAACAAUUUAGAAUGGAUUUGGAUGAAUCUGAAGCACUUACUAUUGUAGAGGGUUGCGUAGAUAAGAAUGAGCAAGGCAGUCCCGUAGAUGUGUGGGCUUUCCGUGGUCAUCAAUGUAUAAUGAGAAGCAAAAUUGGUGAUAAGGUUAAGGCCUAUAUUAAAAAACGAUUGGAAGAAGCUAGUAAAUCAAAAUAAGUUUUAAAAAAAGUAUUAAAAACACAAAUCUUGAAUAAAUAUAAAUCUUCAUCCAAAACAAAAAUGAA